GGCGUGAUAUGUUUUCUAUUUGCCGAGUGUGAGUUGUUUGUCGCGUAUGUGCUUGACAUGCAAGAAGUGUGAUUUGUGAUAGGUACUCCACGUUUAGUUGCAUCUUGCCAGGUGUGAAACAUGCACAAAACAUAAGCUCGCAAGCAGCCCUAUUUUCGAGUGCACUGGAAUUAGCACUACGCUAUCUCCAGAAGGUGAUUAUCUUCUUCGUGACACCAUCAAGUGAUCAUGACAGGUACCAAACCAAGCACCAAAUGGAAAUAAAGGCAUAUCAAACAAAAAUGUGGAGCACUGAAAUCUGCAAUCUCCAACACGACCUCUAUUAAAUUAUUUGGCGCUAAAGUUUGCACCUUUAAUAUUUUUAUUUUUAUUUUGCAGAAGGGCUUUAAUAUUUUUGUCAGCUUAUCUAUAGCUACUUUUAUUUUGGUAAAAAAUUAUAAGAAAACCAAGAUUAAGAUCCUAAUAAACACUUGAACAUUUCAUAAAUUUCAGUAUCCUAGUUUUUUUUCCCAAAAAAAUUCAACCAGGUUCAUCAUUUUCAUGAAACACAAAAACUUAUUUGUUCUAAGUAGAAACUUAUAUUUUGGAUUUGAUCAUCCGAAAUAUUAAAAUGAAUUUGGACAUUCGAAUAUUUUAACUCCUAAUACUCUAACGAGGUCAAAAUACAAUAUAUUUAACCAUGUUAAUGUUUGUCUGAAACUCUUUUGUUUCAUCAAACCAAUUUUUUUUUUGUCUCCAACGUGUGUUUAGCAGCUACAAUUAAUAAUGUGGCCAACAGGAAUCGAUCAUCGACCAUGUGUGGAUGCAGAACACAUGCCUGUCCACCCGGCGAAGCAUUAGUAUGUUCUUUGUAAAGCAUAGCCUACAUUAUUUUACUCCACUUUCAACGCUUAAAUUGACCUUGUUAGCCUGUGGCGGUUUGCUUUAUAUAUAAAGCGGGGAGAAAGUUUUUUUCGAUAGAUAGACCGAAAUCUAGUGACCAAAGUAACUAUAAGUCUAAAGAUUAAUAACCACUGAUGUACUCUACAUAUGACAAAAACUUAAUCGGGUGAACUAGAAAGAUCUUCAUACCAUCGGCCGCCAAAACAAUUAGCCAUGGCACAAACAGGUGGCUGUGAUUGCUCCAUGCCGGCAAAAGUCAUUCCCCCACGGCACGCUAAAUGGCCAGCGAGUGUGUGGAAUAGCUGUGGCACGUGUUUGCUCGGGUGUUGUAGUAACACAGUGCUUUCUGCCAGGCAAACCUAAGCUCGCCAUCAACAUUAUCUCCUGCUCCGGAAGCUACUUUCCUUCAUCUUCUUCUCACUGCGUGCUUUCAUUUUUGUGCUCACGUGUGCACCGGUAGCCCACAUCAACGUCCAGUAUAAAAGUGCAAUGCUACACCUAGGAAAAGUUAAGUACAGAAUUUACGUAACAGGCAACGUGUAGGAUUGGGAUUGGAUGGAAGGGUGUGGCAGGGGCCCACACGGAUGAAAAUCAGGGGGGCGAUAGAUUUGUUAGGCAGGUUACGUAACUCUUCGUACGUUGCUUUCGUAGGUGUAGUAAUAUUGAGUAUAAAAUGAGUGGAGAACCGGACCAAAAGCUAGCUACCCGCGGCAACUCAAGCUAAUAAGCGCGAAGGGUACGCAGGAAGUUAGAGAGUGAAAGAAGUGAAUUGAAGCCAGAAUCCGUCUCAGGGGUGGAUAUGCUUCCUUACUCGACGGCUGCUGAGGCGGAGGCCGCGCUGGGGCGGGCCAUGUCCUACGCGGAGGGCGCGUGGUUUCGGUACUCGGCAGGGAUGCCGGACUACUACCUGUACUGCCACAUCGUCCCCAUGCUCCUCCUCGUCUACACGCUGUCGUCGGUCCCCCUCGCACUUUUCGAGCUCGGCGCGCCGUCCAUCGCUCUGCGAUACAAGCUGCAGCCCCGGGUGAAACUCUCGCCGUCCGCCUUCCUCCGGUGCUACAUGGACACCAUGGGCCUCUUGCUCGUCACCAUUGCUCCGCUCCAUCUCGUCUCCUAUCCUGCCGUCAGUAUGGCGGGCAUCAGGACGGGGCUUCCGUUGCCGUCCGUGGGGGAGACAGUGGCGCAGCUGGUGGUGUACUUGCUUGUGGAUGACUAUCUCGGCUACUGGAUCCACCGUCUACUGCACGCCAAGUGGGGAUACGACAACAUCCACCGCGUCCACCAUGAGUACACGGCGCCAAUCGCCUUCGCCGCGCCCUACGGGCACUGGUCCGAUGUGCUCAUCCUUGGAGCACCCUCCCUUGUCGGCCCGUCCAUUGUGCCAUGUCACAUGACAACCCUCUGGCUCUGGUUGGUAAUACGCCAGAUAGAGGCCAUCGACACCCACAGUGGGUUUAAGUUCCCGUUCAAUCCGACAAACUAUAUCCCGUUCUAUGGAGGAGCAGAAUACCACGACUACCAUCACUUUGUUGGGGAGCACAGUCAGAGCAACUUCUCAUCCCUUUUCACCUUCUGUGAUUAUUUGCAUGGAACGGAUAAAGGAUACAGGUACCAUAUGGCAAACUUAGUGAAGGUAUAGCUGCUUUGCUCAACAUCAUGUUUCGACCUCACAUUCCUUACCAGUUCCCACUUUUCCAUUAUUUCAUCAUAUUCCGUACUGCACCAUAGUGGGCAUGUCAAAACGUGGACUUUAGAACAGACGUUCUCAUGAUUUUUAUCUGCCUAGUCAAUCCUGAUAUGCCAGAAUUGUGUAUAAUUAACCUCUGAAAAUACGAAAUUACUCGAAUAUCCGUCUUCACGUGUUGAACGGCACAUGA